UCCACUCACUAUUGCAACAUCGAAAGCCCUCCCCCAACUAGCGACGUCACCCCGCCAGUAGUUCAACUAAACAAAGGAGAACUCGCUGGCUUCUCAUCUAAUAAGAGAAGCUUGAAACUUCUACUAAAUCGGAACUCUUCUACUCACCUCACGCCGGCCACGAAGCACCACCAAAAGUCAUUUCCCCCUCGUGGAUCACUCCUUUUUUGGAUGUAAAACCAACUCUUUCUCCUUUGGUUUUUGCAACCGAGAAGCAGGCGUCACACCCCGGACACUCCACCCAGACUUCCCCGGGACACAGCUGCCGCUAUGGCCGCGACGACUCGUCCUUAACGGGGCCUGUCGUUGUCCAGCUCCGCCGAGUUCGACUGGAUCUGGAGCUACCGUCCAGUGCACGAUGAGUGCGGGCGUGGCCGAGCGCUGUCUGAAGAGAUUACUCGACGAACCGCACGAUGCGUCGCCCAAAUGUAAAAGAGUGUGUCCUGACCUUCCGCCGUCACCUCCCGACACCGGACCGCCGCUUGACCUCAGUCCGGCUAAAAGUCUUGCCCCUAAAGCCAACCAGAGCCAAUCAAAAGUGAGGGUUGGGCCAUACUUCCUGUUUGAGCGCUGCGAAGGCGAGGACACGUACAGAGCGGUUCAUGCUGCUACACAGGAGCAAUACACUUGUCAGGUCUUGCCCCUGCCCAGCUAUCAGGAGAAGUUGGCUGCCUACGCCCGGCUUGGUCGCCACGCCAACAUCUGCGGCCUCCUGGACACGGUGAUACAGCGGGACGCCGCUUACCUGUUCCUACCCGCCCACCACGGCGACAUGCACGCGCAUGUGCGCAGCAGCAAGCGCCUUGGCGAGGAGGAGGCGGGGCUCCUGUUCGCUCAGAUGCUCCAGGCCGUGGCGCACUGCCACCGCAACGGCGUGGUGCUCCGGGACGUCAAGCUGCGCCGCUUCGUCUUCAUCGACAGAUUCCGGACGCAAGUGGCCCUUCUCGGUCUGAACGACUGUGUCCUCCUGGAGCGCGAUGACUGCGACUCGCUCACGGACCGCCACGGCUGCCCCGCCUACGUGGGCCCCGAGCUCCUAGCCAGCGGCAAGGCAUCAUACUCUGGCCGCGCCGCAGACGUGUGGAGCCUGGGCGUGUCCCUGUACACCAUGUUGAUUGGACGAUACCCCUUCCAGGACACCCGGCCUGCAGCGCUGUUCGCCAAAAUUCGCCGCGGGGCCUUUGCCGUCCCCAACUGGCUGUCGGCGCCGGCCAAGUGCUUGAUCAGCUGCAUGCUCCGGAAGCGUCCCGACGAACGGCUGCGCGUUUCCGAGUUGCUAGCUCACCCAUGGUUGAGCAGUUACCGCACGCCGUCGCAAUAUGCAAACCCGCGCCGUUGCUCGGGGCAAGCACCUGAGUGGAAAAAUGAGGACGACGAUGAUGGCGGCGACCAGGUGGUGCCCACAUUCACCGAGAAACACUAAAAAAAACGAAUAACUACUCCAGAGUCCUGGAUUACUUGAGCCUCAAGUGCCUUCAACCUUCUUGCCGACGUGGCUCUCUUUGAAAUACUGAAUAAGUAGAAAUUAACCACCUUUGUGCGGUGUCAGUCAACAUUUUCCCGUCAAAUUUCGGCUGAAAUUUCAAAUUGCAAUUUGACAACAACUUAAAUUUUUGUUUUGUUUUUACCUCACUUAAUUUAGUCAUGUGGUCAUGUCGCAAUGUUGUUGUUGUUGUUCAGGAGAGCGACACCACUUCCUCUCAGUCUACCUCGGUUUUUGUCAUUGCGCUUCCUCCCACUUGUUUCUGAGACGCGGUUGCUCCACAAUUUUACAAGACACCAUGUGAAAGUUUUCUUUUUACCAAAUCAGACUGACUUGGAAGCAGCUAAUGUUAAUUAAAAGCCUACUGGUUAAUGUAAGAGCCCCCAUAACAGCUGCUCAUUAAAUAAAGAUAUCAAAAAAAUGUUUUGGUUUAUUUCUGCUGUUUUUGCCACUGAAAAUAUUUUCAAUGCUAACGCUAUAGGUUACAUUUAGUGUGUGAUGAUCACUCAGCACAGACCUUUAAAGGCUAAAACAACAUUGCAUAUUCCUUUUUGCCAAGUUAUGAAAACAAAUCUUACCGUGUGUGUUUUAAAACAAGCAAGCCUGGAGAGGACACUGAUGAGUUGGUGGGCAGCACGUCACAUGAGUGACACAAUAAGACACUGCUACGAUGGAGGCUAACUACAUAUAAAAA